AUGUCUCUCAAGAAGGUAGUGUCGAUCCUGGUGAUCUGUGUGGUCGCCGUGCAAGGUGCCAGCGUGGCCCAGAAGGAUACGAGCGUGACCAGUGAGCUUAGCUGGGCCUGCAUCAACAACGUGAACUGUGUGACCGGGUUGGCGAAGGAUGUCGUCCAGAAGCUGCAGGCACGCCGUUCGAUCGAUUUCGGUGUGUUCAGCGUGAAGCCUGUCGAGCGCAUUCCACUGAACGUUGAAGGACGUUCGUCCCGUGCGCUAGACUUCCUCAGCUCCAACGCGAUCCAGGUGCCUGUAGGACCAACCGUCCUCAACAUCGAACGAUCGGCUGACUACCCGAACUACGUCGAAGUGUCGCUGCUCAAGAAAGAAGACGGAGCCCGCGGACGCACCCGCAAGCACAUGCGCUUCUUCGUGCCCGCGUUCCUGGUCUUCAGCCAGAUCGGCUGGUAUGCGCUUGCCAUCGCCGGCGUGAAGCUGCUGGCGAUUAAGGCCUUUUUGGUCGCUAAAAUUGCCCUAAUUGUCGUAGCAAUGAUGACGUUUAAGAAGCUCAUGGAACCGGUCGCUGUCAUGCCAGCGCCGUACUUCGACCAUCCGGAACCGUUCAUGAUGCCGUACGGUAUGGACUUCCACCAUGGGUUCGGUGGUGCUAGCAACGACAUGUACUCGAUGGGACUGGGCGGCCAUUUGGGACACCACGACGGACCGUCGGCACUGCACGCUGCCGAGGGUGGACUCGGAGCAGCCAGCAACGUGAAUGCGGCCGUCGUCGAUGCUGCCGCGUCCACCGCGACCGACAAGUCUAGCAGCUCGCCGGCACAGCCCGUUGCGGUUGCCGGUGGUAGCGAGCGUCAUCACUUCAGCGCCGGCAGCAAGAUCAAGCGGCAGGAUGUUUACUCGCAGCCUCAGGGAGCCAAGUACUUCAGAUAG